GUCCCCCUCUCUCUCGUUUUGCUCUCUCUGUGUUUGUGUCGAAACUCUAAUCUCACUAUGAUUACUGAUCACGGCACAACUAUCUUCUCAUCCCCUUCUUUUCAAGUACUUCUCUAGGGUUUUUGUUCUUCGCAUUGUUCCUUUUUGUUCGCUUUUCUUUCUUGGUUCUUGUUAAAAAAGGUUUUUUUGUUAGCUUCGAUGUCGUCUUCGUCUUCUGUGAAUAGCGGUUGCUUUAAUCCGGACUGUAAAGAAGUUAAACCAGAGAGGUUACGGAAAGGAUGGCGUCUUCGAAAUGGAGAGGUUGCUGAACUCUGCGAUCGAUGCGGCUCUGCAUAUGAGGAGGGGAGAUAUUGUGAAACUUUUCACUCAGAUGCUGCUGGUUGGAGGAACUGUGAAUCUUGUGGGAAGCGGGUGCACUGUGGAUGUAUUGUUUCAUUCCAUGCAGUUGCACUAUUGGAUGCUGGAGGAGUUGAGUGCAUGGCAUGUGCUAAUAAAAAUUUCAUUAUGGCACCAAACCCUGUAUGGCCCUCGCCGUUAUUUCUGCAUCUACCUCUACCUGAUAGACUUAAAGAUCUCUCUGUUAAAAACUGGAAUCCAUUUGCUGGUCCAAGUGCAGUUGCUACUCAAUGGCGUCAAGCACCCAAUCUAUGGAAUGCUGCUACGGUUCAGACUGAAUUACAUCCAAGAAUGCCUUACGAGAUUGACAGAUUAAAUGGAAUUGAUAAAUUGAUUUCUGGUGAGCGUCCACCUGCCCCAGGCAUGGAGAAGAUGAAAAGUGUAGAUCAAUCUGAAAGAGUAACAUCUAGCAACCACAAAACUUUGCCGCCAGAAAGAUUUGCAAAUGGGAAUGCUGGUAUCGACACUGCACCUGCAUCAAAUGCAUUUCAUAGGGAAGAAAUGGCCGUGGAUGGUUUGCAACACUCACGCCGCUUUGCAGGAGAUAAAGAAUCAAUAGAGCCGAAAAAGGGAGUGAUUGCUGAACCUGGCAGGAAUACUCCUGCGGCAGGAAUAAACUAUGAGGCACAUCCAAAUGUGAAUAUGUCAGUGCAAUCUAUUCCAAAGGAUGAUAAAUCUUCUUCACAUGUCGGUUUUGGUUUACCUUAUGCUUCACCUAAUGAGACAAAUGGUCCUACCAAGGUUUUUGGACCUCAAGCACAACGACAAACGCCUCCAUCUGCUAUUACAAAGCCAUUCUUGGCUGGUCCACAUAAUGGAGUGGAAUCAACUGCUGAAACUCUAGUACGCAAUGGAAGACCUCGUGGGGAUACUCGAGGAAGGCAUCAUUUGCUUCCACGAUACUGGCCAAGGAUAACUGAUCAAGAGUUGCAACAAAUCUCAGGAGACUCAAACUCUGUCAUCACUCCUUUGUUUGAGAAGAUGUUAAGUGCCAGUGAUGCAGGGCGAAUAGGGCGUUUGGUGCUCCCAAAAAAAUGUGCAGAGGCAUACUUUCCUUCAAUUUCACAACCAGAAGGGUUACCUUUAAAAGUCCAGGAUGCAAGAGGCAAGGAAUGGGUAUUCCAGUUCCGUUUCUGGCCCAAUAAUAACAGCAGGAUGUAUGUUUUGGAAGGGGUUACACCAUGUAUUCAGUCAAUGCAAUUGCAAGCAGGUGACACAGUAACGUUCAGUCGGAUUGAUCCAGAAGGAAAGCUGGUUAUGGGAUUCAGAAAGGCUUCAAAUGCUCCACCAUCUGACCAGGAAAUGCAAACACCCAAGUCUGGAAACGGCGUCCCAAAAAAUGGAGAGGUUAAUUCGGCUGAUCCAAGUGUCUGGUCCAAAGUUGACAAGUCAGGAUACAUAGCAAAAGAAGUAUCUGGAGCCAAGGCUUCCCUUCCCACUAAGAGGAAAAGCAGCACCCUAGGCUCAAAGAGUAAACGACUACGCAUUGAAAAUGAGGACUUAAUAGAGCUCAAGAUAACAUGGGAAGAAGCUCAGGGCCUGCUUCGCCCACCUCCCAAUCAUUUUCCUAAUAUUGUGAUGAUUGAAGGCCAUGAGUUUGAGGAGUAUGGGGAAGCACCAGUACUUGGGAAGCCUACAUUUUGUCCAACCAAUCAAGUGGGUGAAAAGUUUAAAUGGGUUCAGUGUGAAGACUGUUCUAAGUGGCGCAAACUGCCAUUUGAUGAGCUGCUUCCGUCUAGGUGGACCUGUUCUAAUAAUUCAUGGGAUCCCAAAAGGUCUACAUGUUCAGCAGCACAAGAAUUAACUACAGAACAGCUUGAAGAUCUUUUGUCCUCUAAGAGCACUGCUGCUCCCAAGAAAACCAAGGCUGCCAAACAGGUGACCGAGACUGUUGAAGCUUCUGAGGGGCUCGACACGCUUGCAAACCUUGCCAUUCUGGGAGAGGGGGAGGCCCUCCCUUCAUCAUCCCAAGCCACCACAAAGCACCCUCGCCAUCGGCCUGGGUGCUCAUGCAUUGUCUGCAUCCAGCCUCCAAGUGGGAAGGGCCCGAAGCACAAGCCGACAUGCACAUGCAAUGUCUGCCUCACUGUGAAGAGGCGAUUCCGCACACUCAUGCUGAGGCGCGAGAAACGACAAUCAGAGAAGGAAGCAGAAACUGCACGCAAGAAACAGCAGGUGCUCUCGCAGCCUCCGGAGCCAGAGCAAGAGGACGAUCCACCACUGAGUAGUAACACAAGUAACAGCAGUUCAAACCCAAAACACCCACUGGUGACUGAGACUGUUGAUGAGGACCCCUACAGGAAAAGACCCUUCUCUUCACCUCUUAAAGGCCAGAUUGACCUGAACAUCCAGCCUGAGAGGGAAGAUGAGACGUCACCAGCAUCAGAUUCUUGUAGCAUCAUGAGGUUGUUCCAUGAUGCCACUGAGAGAUAUCUCAGGGAGCAGAGACUGUCAAGUUCGGCCAGUGACAGAGAUCCAAUCAUUGAUCAAAUAGCACCAGGUGGAGGUGGAGGAGAAGCGAUGGGGGAGGAGCUUGAUGGUGUUCCUUGUGGCAGUGGUCAUCUUGAUGGUGACAUGGACCAUCCUGUGACUUUAUCUAUGUCCAUGUCAGCAUCAACAUCAGCGACAUGCUAGAUCCUCAGACACCA